AUGAGUGAAAACAAGGAUACAAAAGUUUGUAAAUCUUCAAAUACAGUAAUAGAUAGUGAAAAAGGUAAAAACGAAAGGCACAGUAAUGAACAAGGCUUGGGAUGGAUAAUUACAAGUUUUUUUGUAGUUGGAGAUUUAGCAGGUGGAGGAAUUGUUGCUUUACCAGCAGCUAUUGCACAAACAAAUUUCUGGCCAGGAUUAGUAAUGAAUACUUUAAUGGCGUUAGCAAUGACUUAUACAGCUUAUAUGCUAGGCAUUAGCUGGGCUAUAUUACAGCGAAGAUGGCCAGAAUAUCGUGAACAUUGCAGAAAACCGUAUCCUGAGAUGGGUGCUCGCGCGAUUGGAAACAAUGUAAAGCAUUUGGUAUCAGUGUGCAUUGACGUGACACAAUUUGGUAUAGCUGUUGUAUAUUUGAUAUUAUCAGCAAAAAAUAUAUGUGAUUUUAUCGAUGCAAUUUUCCACAUUGAAAUAUCAUUUUGUAUAGUAAUAUUAAUUGUUGGUGUAUGCCUUCUACCUGUUACAUUCCUAAAAUCACCUCAAGAUUUUUGGUGGGCUAUUAUAUUAGCGAUGAUUACAACAACGGUUGCACUGAUUAUGGUAAUGAUUGGAGCAGUUUUAGACUACAGUACCUGUGCACCAGAACGAGGAACUAAUAUAAAUAUUGUACCUGCAAAUUUUUUCCUCGCACUUGGCACUCUUUUAUUUUCAUACGGUGGGCAUGCGGCUUUUCCUACAAUUCUUCAUGAUAUGAGGAAACCGUAUCAUUUCACGCGGUCGGCUGUUUUAUCCUUUUCAAUUGUAUUUUUACUCUACACGCCAGUUUGCAUUUUGGCGUAUUGGACGUAUGGCAAUUCAUUACGAGAAUCAAUCUUGAAUUCCGUUCAAAAUGUUCCAUUACAACAAGGAGCUAAUGUUCUCAUCACUCUUCACUGUAUACUUACGCUUACAAUUGUUUUCAACCCACUGAAUCAAGAAGCUGAAGAAGUCUUUCGAGUACCACACCGAGCUUUAGAUUUUUGCUGGCAACGAGUACUGGUUCGCACGGGAAUGAUGCUUGCUGUAGUAUUUGUUGCAGAAAGUUUGCCUACAUUUGGGCCUUUACUAGGCCUAGUAGGUAGUUCUACGCUGACUUUAACAGCACUUAUUUUUCCUUGUUUAUUUUACCUUUACUUGACCGUUGGCGAUGAAAUGGCCGAACAAAAGGGUGAAAAAAAACUUGAAAAUGGCACUCCAACAUUUAUUGAUGUAUUAGUACGAUCACCUAAACGACGACUCAUUAUUUGUUCGCUGAUUAUCAUACUAAAAACGAUGAGUUAUUAUAUAAGUAAUAAUUACUCAAAUAAGUUCAAAAAAAUGAACAAUAAUCAUAGCAGUUUUAAAGUAAUAAUUAUAGCUGGUGGAUUAAUCGGUGGUGUGAUGGCAACAUAUACAUCAAUCAAAGAAUUAGCAACAACUCAGUUCACUGAGCCUUGUUAUAUCCAACCAUUUAUGCCCGCUGGAGAAUCAAAAUCCAUCGAAGGACAUCUAAAUUGUUGUGGAACAUGGCAGAAUAUCACGCGGUUCGGAGAUAUCUCAGAGUGCAAUCCAUAUCGGGAUUAUUACUCUCAGGCGUUGUAA